AUGGGAUGUAGCGGGCGGCUGCUGGGAGCCGCCGGGGGCCGCGGCGCCUCGCUGCUGCUCACCAUGAUCCUGUUCUUCACCUACUUCUUGUCCUGCCUGCCCGGGCCCUGCGAGCCGCUGCCGCCCGCGCUGCUGCCGCCGCCGCCGCCCGCUGCGCUGCCCGCGGGCCCGGGGGAGGCGGCGGCGGGCGCGGCGGGCGCGGGGGGCGGCAGCCGCCGCUUCCCCCAGGCCAUCAUCGUGGGCGUGAAGAAGGGCGGGACGCGGGCGCUGCUCGAGUUCCUGCGGGCGCACCCCGGGGUGCGGGCGGUGGGCGCCGAGCCCCACUUCUUCGACAGGUGCUACGAGAAGGGGCUGCGCUGGUACAGGAGCCUGAUGCCACGGACCCUGGAUGGACAGAUCACCAUGGAGAAGACGCCCAGCUACUUUGUGACCAAGGAGGCCCCGCGGCGCAUCCACAACAUGUCCCGGGACACGAAGCUGAUCGUGGUGGUGCGCGACCCCGUCACCCGCGCCAUCUCGGACUACACACAGACCCUGUCCAAAAACCCCUCCAUCCCCAGCUUCCAGGCCCUGGCCUUCAAAAACCUCAGCACGGGACUGAUCGACACCAGCUGGAGCGCGGUGCGGAUCGGCAUCUACGCCAAGCACCUGGAGAACUGGCUGCAGUUCUUCCCCCUCUCCAGGUUCCUGUUCGUCAGCGGGGAGAGGCUGGUCAGCGACCCCGCCGGGGAGAUGGGCCGUGUCCAGGACUUCCUGGGGCUCCACAGGCUGGUGACAGACAGACAUUUCUACUUUAACGAGACCAAGGGCUUUCCGUGCCUGAAGAAGCCCGAGGGGGGGAGCAAACCCCGGUGUCUGGGCAAGUCCAAGGGGCGGCCGCACCCCACCAUCGACGGGCAGGUGGUGCAGCGCCUGCGCGAGUUCUACAGACCCUUCAACAUGAAGUUCUACCAGAUGACAGGCCAGGAUUUUGGGUGGGACUGAGCCCAUCCCCAGGGCACG